AUGAAUUACAAUAAAUUUAAUAAUUCAUCAUCUGAGAUUUCUCUAAAUUUCAAUAAUUCAACAUCAUCAAAAAAUAAUUAUUUUCAUCCUUCAUCAUCAAAUAGCAAAAGUACUUUGAAUUCAUUAGAAAUUGCAUCAGAUGAAGAUUAUAAUUAUUAUUUUUUAUCACUACGUCCAGAAUUUGAUGAAAAUUCGGCAAACGAUGAUCAAAAGCCGAUUUUAAGUUCUUCUUCAGAAAAUAACGAAUUUGUUCCUCGUAAAAAACAAACUAUAUCAGGUUUUUUAAAAUAUUGCAAAAAAAAAACAAUAAAUCGAUAUUAUCGUAUCAUCAACUGGGAACCCAAAAAAUUUCAUAUUUUUCGGUCAAAAUCA